AAAAAAAUCAUCUGCCCGGAACAGAAUUGCUACAAGGACAUGGCAUUUUUUGAAGAAAGAGGCUUAGGUCAUCAUUAUCGAUCUAUUCACAAGAAAGAUGCAAAUGCUAAGGUACUGACGAUGGCACGAUUAAAGACCCAAGAGAUAUACGGCAGAGAAACGGUACAGUUUAUUUCGACUAUCUCUGAAUGGAAAUCGAAGGUGAGUAAUAACUUAUGCUUGAAUUUCUGGCUGCUGAGCUAAUAAGUAAUCAGUAAUCCAUGAAAAGGCUUUCCUGGACAGGACCGAUGGAAAUUUAAUUUUAAAAUUUAAUUUUAAGUUUAAGCACAUUUAACCUUAAUAUAAUAGAAACGCCGAGGAAGAAAAAAAAAAGGAGUUCAGUCACAUUUAAAAAAAUAAUGGCAGUGUACGUUUGUGUGUUAUGUAGCCUAAAAACCAUUAAAACAACUGCUGCCUAAUUCUUCCGAUUGAUAGCCAUUUUUCGAACUUCAGGUCUCUGACGGUAAACGUUUUGAAGUUGGUUGUGAGAACUUCUGGCUAAAAAUCUUUGCCAAGGAUGCUGAGGAAGCUGCCAAGCUAUAUGGACAGUAUCUCCUGUGUUCAGGUCGCCUGAAAUCAUAUGCAGAACAGAGCGAACCGCGCAAGGUUGAAGUCAGAACUGCGGAAUUUGAGACACAUUUCAAUGCAUGGUCUACCUACAAAUUCAUUGAAAGUAACGUGCAAGGAACGGUUAUUAUACUCGAGUGCUGCUUUAUAAAAAGGGUAUGUUGCCAACUCUGCAUUAUAUUUUUACCAUAAAUUUACCUACUUUUUGUUGAGGUCACACUUGGCAUAAUAAUCAGAUGGUUUAGCAUAAAGUAUCUUACAGCUUUCAAUCUCUUAUAUUCCUUUUGUUUACCAUUUGUAACAUGUGAUUAAAGCUCUAAAAGUCCUGAAAAAAAUGGAAGUCCUUUAAACUUCCUUUACUUUUCACAUAGGUUAAAAAAAAUAAUAUGCAAAUAGGACUAAUUCAUCUUCUCUAUGUCAUGUUUUUUAGAAUCUAACAUCUGUGCCAGCUCCAGGACAAGACUUCACAAUACCACUCAUGUUGCAAAGCAACGACACCCUUGCCCCUUGCUCCGAAGAAGCUGUUGAUAACAGGGUUAGAGUCCUGGAAUCAAUAUUCCACCACAGAAGCUUUAGAGGAAAGCAAGAGGAAGCCAUUGAUGCCAUCCUUCAAGGAAAAAAUUGUCUUCUAGUAUUACCAACAGGUACAGGGAAGACAGUAUGCUAUGCCAUCCCAGCUCUGAUUUCUGGUGGAGUUACUGUUGUUAUCUGUCCACUGUUAUCACUGAUGCUAGACCAAGUGCACCGUUUGCGGGCAAAAGGCCUUAAUGCCUGUUAUAUUAACUUUGAUGUUCCAUCAACAGAACGAGAUGUACUUAUUCACAACCUUUUGUCGGACAGCCCACCAUAUAACUUUUUGUUUUUAACACCCGAGAAUGUCACCUCUCCACAGAUGCUAGACAUGUUUUCCAAAAUGGAGCAAAAAAACACACUAAAGUACAUUGUAAUUGAUGAGUGCCACUGCAUUGAUAUGUGGGGGCACGAUUUUAGGCCUGCCUAUGCUAAUCUUGGCAGCCUGACCCAGUUGAGGUGUCCUGUAGUGGCCAUGACAGGCACAUGUACAUCCAGAACAGAGGAAGUGAUCUUAAAGUCACUAAACCUUAGCAAUGUCACAGUUGUCAGGCAGUCUUGUGACAGAGAAAACAUUUCUUUGUUUGUGAAACAAAAAAAGGCGGAUGGCAAGGAUCAGGUUGCAGCCUUAAUUUUGGAGAACUAUGCUGGUCAAUGUGGGAUUGUUUACUGUUUACAACGUGGUGACACCACUGAUAUGGCAUAUUUACUACAGACUAAGGGUGUCAAUGCCACCUAUUAUCAUGGCGCCCUGGAUCCUUACAGAAAACGAGAAAAUUUUCAGGCCUGGCAGGAAGGAAGAGCCAAGGUCAUGUGUGCUACGGUGGCCUUUGGAAUGGGCAUAGACAAACCAGACGUCCGUUUUGUAAUUCACCUGUCCAUGCCCAAAUCACUGGAAUGCUAUGCUCAAGAAUUUGGACGUGCAGGUAGAGAUGGUGAACCUUCACAAUGUUUUGUGUUUUAUAGAUUUGAGGAUCGCACAAAGCACUUGCAAAUGUUAAGUUCUCUACCAGAUGGUGAGCAUAAAUGUCUUAAGGUGGCAGAGUUAAAUGGGAUGAUAAAACUGUGCAUCAAACCAGAGUGCCGAAAACUGCAACUGAAGAAAUAUUUUGGAGAUGCUGAUAACAAUGUAUGCAAAACCUGUGAUUUCUGUCUGGACGGUGCUUGUAUUGAGAAAACUGAGGCACAUUUGGAAGCAGUUGAAGUGCUCCAUUGCCUGCAGAGUAUGAAUCAUUUACACUCUAAAGUAACAUUUAACUUGCUGGUUUUAGUUUACAGGGGAUCCAAGAGAAGAGAAGUAUUGUCAAAAUCGUUUCAUAACAUUCCACAGUAUGGGAAGGGGAAAACCAAGUUUUCUGACAGUAGUCUUCAGCAUUUUGUACAAUUAUUGAUCUCUGAAAAUGUUAUUGCUGAGAAACUAAGGGGUGCCAAUGAGAACGGAUCAACACCUUAUUUGAUUCCAGGAAGCCGGGCCGAAGCCUUAACUAAUGGGGAGCUUUCUAUAUACAGGUACAAAAUGUAA